AUGGAUAGACCAGCUGAAUCAUCAAUGAAUUACUCAAAUUAUACUAUUGCUUCAAAUUGUAUUGAUGCUUUGAAUUGUGCUGGUGAUUUGAAUUGUGCUGAUAAUGCUGCAAUUAUGCCAUUUUUGCAAGGUUAUGUUUAUCCUGUUGAAGACUUACAACCUUUGCAUAAUUUAUUAAAAGAGUGGCAUUUGGAAUGUACAUAUCAAACAUUACUUGAUGAACUAAUUGAUUUAAACAUUUUGGCGAUUAUGAAUGUUAACCACACAAAUGAGCUGCUAAAAAAUUACCCACUAGGCAUUAGAAUAUUAUUUUAUAGUAACUUAGAAAAAUGGCAAAAUUCAAAAAAAAUAUUACCUACAACACCACUGCUUCCAACUUUGGACAAAAACCUACCUCAACAAAAAUUUUCUUCAACCCUUCCUUUAAAUCUUGGAGAAAUUUUAAAUGCAUGUUCAACCGGAUUGAUGAUUAAUAACUAUUACAAAACAAAUCAAAAAUUUAAUGACAAUAUUAGAACAUUGUUAGUGGAGACUAUUAUUAAUUAUAUUAUAACUAAGCAAAUAUCUAUGUCUGUGAGCCUAGCUAAUAGCAUUGCAGAUCAAAUUGCUGAUAUAUUUCCAACAGAAAUAAAAGAUACAUAUUUUUUAAAAUACGACACAAACAAAAAUCCUAAGGGUAAGCUGUACGCUAAAUAUUACAAUUCUAUGCGAACUUUGAAAACUAGUGGUCUAAUAUCCUGUAAUACUCAUACAAAACCACCGACCAAACCACUUAAUCGCAAACACAAUUUCCAUUUUGAACCAGAAAAUGAUGUUCAGUAUAUUAUUGAACAAAUCAAACAUGACAAUAAUUGUUCUUUCCCUGAUUUGGAAUAUAACUGGAAAGCAACAACUCAGUUACGUUUAAACAAUAUUCAAACUUUAACAUCUACCAAUGAUAUACUAAACAACUGGAGUAAUUAUAAAUUACCUAUGGGAUACAGACUGGUUGACAUAGAUUUUACAACAAUGUAUCCUAAUUGCUCAAAUUUAAUUUCUGUAUUUGAAGAGAAAUCAGAAAAAAUCAUCAAUUUAUUAGAUGAAAAAAUAAAGGACACAUCGAGCCGACGGUUAUUGGAAAGUUUAAACGAAUCAACUACAGAUAUAAGUCAAAAUGGGAAGAACACAAUUAUAUUUUAUUUAUUACAUGCCAUAUUUAUACCAACAUCGAAAAAAGUCACAAGGGAUCACACGGGCAAAAAAAAUCAGACAAAAUAUUCUAUCAAAGAUUCUCAGAAUAGCUUUAUUAUAUUUAAAAACUCAGUUUGCGAAAUAGAAGAAUACAUUAAUAAUCGCCAUAGUGAAAAAUCUCCAAUACAACCUUUUAUUAUGGUAGUUGGUACUCCUAUUAACCCACAAGAAAUUGUUGUAUUUUUUGACUCAAUAAAAUAUAAAGUUUUUUCCAUCUUACAUGCCAUAGAUGUAACAUUUAAAUUGUUUCAUCUAUUUAAUUUAGAAUAUCCCUCAGAAUCUGUUUUAGUUUGGAUGUUUAUUCAAAAAUUUUUUUUCUCCAUCAAUACCAAAUUUGAUGUUCCGUGUCAUACACUAGGACAAAUAAUGUCAGAUUUAAAUAAUUAA